ACUCUGCGUACAACAAAAAAUAGUCAAUAAAAAUAAAUUAGAUCAAAUUGGCGAAUUAAACUAUAUUAGGCGCGUCGCGACAGAGAAAUCAUCGUGGGGCGUUAAAUAGUGAUGCCGUGAGGAAUGGCGGCAAUGCGUCCCGUGGAAAAAGGCCGCUGCGCAACAUUGUUCCUGCAGAAAUGUGCGCCCUAGUGCAUGUGCAUUGCGACUAAUCCAAAGAGUCCCACGGGUCAUAACGCAUUUAACCACUAAAUCAGCAGACAGAUAGAUAUCCGCGAUUCCGUCCCAUUCCCCCCUCCCCCCCACCCCCCAAUCAUGGACGAGGACAUCCUGAACGCCGUGGAGUCCAUGUUCGGCAAGGACGUCAAGAUCGUGGACUGUGAGACGUCCACGUCACUGCAGCAAGAGGAGGUGCUACUGGUCAACGGUGUGCCUGUCAAGCUGGACGGCCUGCCGGCGGACGACGCCAGUGCAAUUAAGGCGGCCCUGCUGGAGGGACAAAUGCCCUCCGUGGAGCAUCUGAACCAGCUUCUUUUCCGCGCCGGCCUUGCCCAACAGCCCAUCGAGGUGGAGACCUCGCUGACCGUAAAGUCCUCGCUUACCACCACAGAGGAGGUGCUUGUGUCGCGCAAUGGCCAGAUCCUGGACGAGCGCACGGUGGAGACAAAAGAGAACUUCAACCAUCAGUCGCACCAAAAGGAGAUCUGGCAUCCCGUCAGGCAGCCGCAGCAGUCUGCCCUGGCGCGGGCUACACCGGAGAAUGCCUUGAAAUACCGAACCACUUCGAAUUCCACGUUCGCCUCGCAGGCCACACAGGACUCCGACGAUCCUCGUCCGGCCGAUCCGCUGGGACGCCAGUUGAACCAAACCUUCUCGAAUGCUUCCCUCAUGUCCAGCAGCUCGGCUAUCACGGGGUCCGAUCAGGUGAUCGGCUCCGCCUCAUCCACCACAAUCGGGGACAAGAGCUCGAAUAUUAGUAGCUGCGACUCCGGCCACGAUGGCCUCUUCCACAGCGUUUCAAUGAGUGCCCCGUGGUCACAUCCGCGAGACACCCUUACCGACUCGAUGUGCUGCGACAUUCCCAGCUCCGCAGACGAGGCGGAUGCGGUUUCUAUACUGAACACACAUUUGCAGAUCACAGAGCCAGCUGAUUGCCUUCAGUCAUCGCCAGUUUACGCCAAAGACAUGCCCAAAAGCGGUAGCCUGGACUCACUAGUCAGCCUGCUAAUCGCUGGCAAGGACGAGGACGUGGCGUUUGCCCUAUUCACCUGCUUCCGAUUGUUUUUGCCAUCGCAGGAUUUGCUCGCCAGACUCGUUGACAAGUGCCAAGACAAGGAGGAUGUCCUGAUCCGCCUACUCAAGCACUGGCUCAUCAUCUGCCCCGCUGACUUUAGCCAGGAGUUAGUGCUGCAGGAGCUGCAGAAGAAGAGCGGGCUAAAAGCUUUUCUGGACAGUAUUCCUCAAUCUCAGACCCAAAGGGAGGCCAAGUCGCGUAAUCAACUGCAGUAUCUACUGGCCAAACAGUCGUCGGCCAGCUCCCUGGGCCGUCAGAGCAGUAUUAAGUCACUAAAGCGAUUCGCCGCCAACGUCUACAAGACAGACAAUGUGGCCAACAGCUGUGGCAGUGCUUUCGAGUUGGCCCAUCAACUGUAUGCCAUAGAGUACGCCUAUCUUUCGCAGAUAUGCCUGGAGGAGUUUGUGGAUAUGCUGGGAAAGAACGAACUUAAGACAUACCUCAGUCAGACCAAGGCAGGCACCUUGGGAACGAGUCAGGUAACCAUCGACAGCUAUGUGCAGUGGUUCAAUCAACUCAGCAGCUUGACUGCCACGGAAAUACUGAAGCUUGGAAAGAAGUCGCAGCGGGCACAAAUGAUUGAUUUCUGGGUGGAGACAGCCCUAGAGUGCUUCAACACGGGCAACUUCAACAGCUUGAUGGCCAUUCUGACGGCUCUAAACCUGACUGCCAUAGCUAGACUCAAGAAGACAUGGGGCAAGGUGCAGACGACCAAGUUUGAGGGGCUGGAACAUCAAAUGGACCCCAGCUCGAACUUUCUCAACUAUCGCUCCACCAUGAAGGCGGCUGUUUGGCGUUCGGAACGCGAGAUGGCCAACAAAAUUGAGCGUGCCAUUAUACCAUUCUUCUCUUUGUUCCUCAAGGACUUGCAUGCCAUUAACGAGAGUCAUGAGACAAUACUCUCUAACGGCAAGCUAAACUUUGAGAAAUGCAGUCUAUUGGGCUCUCACUUGCGUAACUUUAGCCAGUGGCAGCGUCUGGAGUGUCCCUACGAGCAGGUGUCUAGUGUGGUGUCUUAUCUCCUGAAGGCAGAGGUGCUAUCUGAGGACCAGCUGAUGAAGGCCUCCUACGAGUGCGAGCCGCCGGAAAACGGCGAGGAGAAGGAUCACUACAAGACGCUGAAGUCAGCCAAAAAGUCUUCGAAUGCAUAAACGCGCAAUCAUAACGACAAUCCUUGGGAUAGUGCAAACCACAGAAAUAAUAAUAAUAAUAAGCAAUGCAUUAGGCCUCGCACACACAGUUUCGUUGGCGUUAUCCAUAAUCCACACAUACAUCUUGCAUGAAAGCAAUAACAAUAAUAACUCUUACACACCGCCACCAGUUGUGUUUGUUGAUUUUUCUGUACUUAAGCUUAUUAUAUAUUUAUUUGCAAACCGAUUUAUACAUACCGACGAACGACGGGCAUUUAAUUAGAAACACCAAAAAUAUGCAUACAAUAAUUACUAAUUAGUAAUCUUUUAAAUGUUGUAUUUUAGCAGUUAAAUAUCCCGAAAAAAAUACAAAUAAAACCUAAAGACUUUA